AUGGACAAUCAGGAGCAGCGAGGCUGCAACGUAGCCCAGGGUGUCCCGAAGCUGGCCCAAACGUGGCCCAUCAACGGCAUCGGGGCUCUUACAGGCUCCCGAGCCCCCGUCGGAUUCUCUGCCGGUGCAGCGUCCCACCCGAAGUCUUCCACCUACGAGGAUGUCGCCCUGGGGCCCCUGUUUCUCCCAAGACCGUCCCGUUCGAGGCAGGAGUGUGCAGCUCUCGCUGCAGAGCUCCACACCUGCAGGGAGCAGCUCGUGCAGAGAGAGGAGGAGAUCGCCAACCUGAAGGCGGAGAGAAACAACACCAGGCUGCUGCUGGAACAUUUGGAGUUGCUCGUCUCCAGGCACGAGAGAGCUCUUCAAAAAACAGUCAUACGGCGACAGGCGAAGCCUCCGGCCGGCGUGUCCAGUGAGGCGGAGGUGCAGAGCCAGAUGAAAGAGCUCCUGGCUACCCUGUGCACUCUCGUGGCCAAGCUGGAAGAGGACCUAGACGUCUCCAGGAAAGACCUCAUCCUUUCGGAAGCAAUGAACACCAUAUUACAAAGAGAUGUCCGUGAAGCCACGGCCCAGAAGGAAGACAUGCAAGAGAGGAUCACUACCCUUGAGAAGCGCUGCCUCAGGGCACAGCAGGAAGCCACCUCUCUGCACGACCUCAAGGAUAAACUUGAAAACGAGAUCGCAAAGAAGGACUCUCUGCAUCGACAGCACUGUUUCCAAAGGAGUAGGGAGUGGCCGGGAAUGUGUAGGCAGCUGGCCAUUUUGGUCAUCCGGCAUUGAACAGGAAAACCACAUCCAGCUUCUUGGAAACAGACUGAGUUUGCCUGGUGUGUUUGUCAAAUGUGUCAGUCGACCCAAAAUGAUGAUCAAAGUGAAAUACUAGGAGGCCAUUAAA